AUGCCUGUUUUUAUCGUGCCAUUAGCUCCCAAAUGGACUUCCUGUCGACGAUAUUCCAUUUCGAAUCGUCCUUCGCAGGACUGCUCAUCACAAAACCUUUCCGCCCUACCUUUACUGUUCCCAGAUGUGAUCUCAAUGAAUUUGGCUCACAAUUCGUUUCCUGUCAUCGACCGAUUUCCAAGAAAUUAUAGCUAUUUGCAUACUUUGAAGCUUGAUAACAGCGGCAUAAGAAAGAUUUCCGUACAGGCUCUGUCAUCACUCAAUAGCAUACGUGUACUGGAUUUAUCAGGAAAUCAACUAAAGACUAUCACUUUCGGCUUUGCUAGAGUUGUAUUUUCUAGGUUUAUGCCCGAUUUGAGCUCCCUGAGCUCUUUACGCUAUGUCGAUCUGUCCAACAACGAAAUCGAAACCGUGAAACCUUCCUAUCUUCCACCGAAUGUCGAGUCACUUCGUCUGUCAGCCAACAAAAUCGCUCAUCUCACUCCAUGGCCGUUCCUGAGGAAACUGCAGGAAUUGGAUGUGUCAUUCAAUCCACUCGAAUGUGUCUGUCCUCUAUGGGAGUUCAUCGGUUGGGCAGAGAGUUUGGCUCUAUUUCAAGAGGAUUCGUUGCCAUCUCCAUUUGUCGAACAAAUGACUCUUUCUAUAGGAGAUCCCCUUCGGAUGUGUUGUUUGAUAUCAGCUCAUCCAAAACCAGUCAUGUGGUGGGAGCACGAGCAGCAGAAUAUUUCUCGGGACGCAUCAUUGAGAAGGAUACCAGAAUCGGGCCAAAUCGAAUUCUGUCUUGAAGCCCAAUCCGUAGGUAUCGAGGAUCUCGGUGGUUACAGAUGCUUCGCUCAACUUGAAGCACGUUUAGAUGUCGUCUCUUCGAAGGAAUUCCAUGUGAACAGGGUUCAAGAACCAUUAGUACUGAAAUCCCCUCCGAAUAUCAUCUUCUAUUGCCAGUUCAGCAUCGGACUGUUCGUUUUUGCGUUUUGCUGUGCGACGUGCUGCAUUCUCAGACGUGGUCAGCCGAUGAAGACUGGACCGAAGAAGGAUAGCAACCAUUGUCAUACGGUAAGUUUACUCAUACUUCAUGACUUUUCACCCGAGAUCAAAAUUUACAAAGAUCAAAAACACAGGCUGAAUUAUCCGGUCCAAGUUUAA